AUGUCUGUCGACGGCCCUCAAGACCGUGAUGCCGCCGCUCACACGCCUAACACGCCCGCCAUCGCGCCGAACACGCCCGUCAUCGCGCCGAACGUGCCCGCCACCGUGGCUGAGGAGAUCAAGGUGGAAGUCCCUGUCGCAUAUUUAAACGGCCUUGAACUCGAGCUCGCAAGGACUCGAGCGGCCGUCACCGACAUAAACGCCGAGAACCAAACCCUCGUGUUCAUUGCAUCGUUGGCGACCUCACUUUGGCACCAUUACUAUCAUCAUGGGGAGUGGUUGGAAAGCAUGUUGGCCGCCAUGCUGGACCCGGACGUCCUUCGCAUUGUUUUCCCGUACAAGUAA